AGCCAGCUUAAUCUGUUUAUCGCCCUUCUCCUGUCUCUCCUGCACUACGCCAACAGAUUCUCACUGGUAAUUACGUAGAUUUAGCCCAGCUUCUUAAGCCAUCAGUCAUCGACACUAAUCAGCUCAGGGAAGUGCACACAAACUUCGGCUCCGUGCAACUCCGCCACUCACUAGCCUCACAGUCUAAAGACCUAACCCCCACAGAAUUUGCCUUCACUUUUUCUCUCUACCGUGACGUUAUCUGUUCUGCAUUUCCCUCAUGGAGAGCAGAGCUGGAUGAUUAUCUAUCUAUCGUGCUCGACAUGGCCCUACGGCAGGAUGGUGUGCAAUAAUUUCAACCACCUGGGCUGCGCACUUUCCAACUGCCGCCUCCUGCAUGUCUGCUUCUUCUGCGGCGGUGCGCAUGCCAGGAGCACUUGCCACCACAAUCCAACCACAGCAGCAGACCAACUUGUACAGCACCUCAGCACCCCUGUUCAGGUAAAUGUCCUUGCCACUGCUCUACAAGACCAUCCUGAUAGACAGCUUGUUCAUUUUCUCAUUGCUGGCUUCACACAUGUUUUCAUCCCGGUAUGGCAGUUCUCCCUGACAUUUUCCACGUCUGUCACAACCUCCAGUCUGCUCUUGCAGAACUCCACACUGUCGACACCCUGUUGGCUAAAGACGUCAAAGAAGGAUUCAUGAUAGGCCUGUUCGAUAUUCCUCAUUUUCUACUGUUCCGCAUCAGCCCGAUAGGUGUUGCCACUCGCAAAUACUCUGGAAAAAAGAGGCUAAUUAUGGACCUAUCUUCCCCACACGGCUCACACAUUCCAAGUAUCAACAGUGUCAUUCCCAGUCCGGAUUUCUCCAUACAAUAUGCAACCAUUGACCAUGCCAUCACCCUCAUUCGGCUAGCAGGACGUGGAGCUUGGCUUUCUAAAGCAGACAUCACCAGCGCAUUCAAAGUUUUGCCCAUUCAUCCUGACUUCUGGCGUUUUUUCGGCGCUUGCUGGAAGGGGGCAUAUUAUUUUUCUGUGCGCCUUACCUUUGGCUGCAAAAGCAGUCCUAAGAUCUUCGAUUCUCUUUCAGAAGCCCUAUGCUGGAUCCUUACUAACAACCACAGGUUCCCUUACAUUCUCCAUCUUCUCAACGAUUUUCUCGUCGUCUCUCCACCAUCCUCACCUCCUUGCCAUGGGCUCAAUACACUCACUAAUGCUCUGCUUCUGUCAAACUACCUCCUAGCAGACAGAUGCACCAAACGCCAGCUGUUAGCCCUCCUUGGCCAUCUCAAUUAUGCCAUCCGCAUAAUCCCGCAAGCUAAAUCCUUCUUGUCCAUCCUUUUGUCUAAGGCUGCUGCCAUUCCCUCUCUCCACGAUAGGGUCAUUCUAGACGAUGCCUGCAAAAUGGAAAUGUGUAUGCGGCUACAUUUCCUAUCUUCUUGGAAUGGCAUUUCCUUCUUCUACGACGACUUCAUCACCCAGCCUGAGGACAUUCAACUUUUCACAGACACAGCUCCCUCCACAGGCUUUGGCGGCUACUAUGGAGGGAGAUGGUUCGCCUCCAUUUGGCCCCCAGAGUCCCGCUCUCCUUCCUCUGCGCUUCACGAGCUGUAUCCCAUCAUAAUAGCUGCCAUUCUUUGGGGGCACGAAUGGUCUAGGAAGUCCAUACUUAUCCACUCCGAUAACACCACAGUCGUAGAGAUCCUGAACAAAGGUCGAUCUUGUUCUUUAGCCAUCAUGCAGUUCCUGCGCAGACUCACCUUAUUCUCAGCUCAACACCAGUUCAUCCUCUGGGCAGCCCACAUUCCCGGUCACCACAACAGCAUUGCUGACUCAUUGUCUCGCUUCUCGUUUCAGAAAUUCAGACACUUGGCCCCAGAAUCAGAUCUUCACCCAACACCUAUCCCACCGUUUUCAGCCACAAUAUUCAGCUAGCUCCACAGCUGUCAAACCUCUCUCACGCUUCACAAGAAGCCAUCCUUAACAGUCUCGCCCUAAGCACACUCUCAGCCUACCUAACUGUCUGGAAUUGCUUCAAGGCAUAUCACUCCACCAACCAGCUGCCUUUUCCCUCUCUGGACGUCAUGUCCAUCUUCAAUUUCAUCACCCAUGCUCAUUCCAUCCAAAAAAUACGGUCCUCCACCAUCCAGACCUACUUAGCAGGAAUCAACUUCUUCAUCAAACUAGUCACUGGCUUCCAUUGUCCUUCAACCUCCCAUUCUCACGUUACUAUGUUAAUAAAAGGCCUGCGUAAACAGGAACCGGCUCUCCCAGCUAGGCGCUUGCCACUCACUUCAGACCUUCUCAGCCUCUGCAUUCGCUCCCUUCAUUCAGGCUACAUAUCUCCUAUGGUUGACCUAACCCUAGAAUCCAUGUUUCUGCUGGCUUUUUUCGGAUUCCUGAGGUGCUCCGAAUUUGCCCUGACUUCAUCCGUCUAUAAUCCUUCUCAUAACCCCAGUCUAUCUGACAUAACCAUCCACACUGCUGACUCACUCAUAUUCACGCUCCGAAGGAGCAAAACAGAUCAGCUGGGAGUUUCUUUCCUUAUCUACUUAUUCCGCCUCGAAUCCUAUCUCAGCCCAUACGAGCCACUGACCAAAUACAUCAGCUCCAGGUAUGCUGCUAAGGCAUCACCUCAACACCCACUCUUUCUCACUGAAACAGGAAGAAUGGCCAAUAAAUUCUGGUUCCAGAAACAUUUACACCAAGUCCUAUGCAUUUCAGGCGUAUCUCCAGAACUCUAUUCUAGCCACUCCUUCCGCAUCGGCGCAGCAUCCACAGCAGCCAGACUAGGCAUCUCAGACCAAACCAUUCAGGUCCUAGGCCGCUGGUCAUCCCAAGCAUAUCGCUCCUACAUCCACAACAAUCUUAACGAUCUCCGUCAAGCUCAUGUUUGAAUCAGUUCAAUUUAAAUCUGACUCUUUUGGGGGAUAGUGAUCAGCUCGGGUGGAUACAUAUGCCUGAGACGGAACCCCCACACUGAGUCUCCCUCCGCCGGUCUUCAAUACAUCCCCCGAGACCAGCCUAACAGAUGACAUCUUCCCUCUACUUCACCCACAUCCAUUCAUCUAUUCUCAACAUUCAAUAACUCCUGUAUUCCAUUAAACCUUUAAACGACAUAUUGUUGUGGCGUGGUUCUUGCUAGUGAAAUGUAAUUAACCUGUUAACAGAGUA